UCUGGCGAGUGUGGAUGCGUUCCGAGCAGAAACCGCGUCCAAACGAAAAUUCCAUUCUGCCCAAUGCAAUCCGCUAAACCGAUAAAACACAAAGCGAAAACCAGUACCAACUCAAAGUGCAAUAUUAAUUUUCACACUAAAAGGCUUAAAGUGCUUUUGGCUGGCCAUAAAGUUUAGUGUCAAGUUUCACAGCCAGUUCGAAAAUCGCUGUAUACCCCGCAGGAUAUCUUCAAAAUCCAAACUUUGGAAAAAAUCCAAUACAGAUAUCUGUGUAUAUGUAUAAUGUAUGUACGUGAGCGAGUGCCUGUGGUGGUGCAAUAAUUGUGAGCGCCAAAAAGCCGAAGAGACGGAGCCGCGCAGCCAAAUAAAUCUCUCGUCUCGUCUCUCCGCUACGCGCUACUCGCUUUCUCGCGUCGAGUCGCGCCGCUUUCUCCAGUUCGAAAGUCGCGUAGUAAAAAGUGUCGGCAAAUCUGCGCCCUGCUGCACCACCCACUCACUCAGCCAAGCCACCUUGGCCACUUUGUUUUUGGUCAAGACUUUCGCACACACUCGACUUCGAAAUUCGAAAUUGCGAAUUUGGCGCGCACCGGAGCAUCAAGUUAAAACACACUUAACCACAUAUCCCACUUCCAGCUCAAUUAACACUUGUCAACAAAAAUAAAACCGGGCAAAAUAGGUAUACAAAAAUGUUAAACAUACCCGGAGAAUGCAAUACAGACUUUUGGCAACAAAAAGUUUGUGACUUUAAAGCGAUUAUAGCAAGUAAAUGAAAACGCAAUCGAAACUGAAAUUAUUACUAACAAUGCAUAGAAAAUAUUCCAAAAAUUGUGAAUAGGUGAAAAGAAAUCAAUUAAAACGGAAAAUAUAUUUCAUAUGUGAACCGUUCUGUGGUACUUAACCCAUGUGCCGAGCACGAAACAAUAACAAGAAUUUAUACAUUUUGGAAAUUAAAAGCAAUCGAUAGUGAAUCUAGCCGCAAUCGAGGGAUUUAAUUGUGAACAAUCAAAAACAAAUUGAUCCACAUAAAUACGCAAACGGACAGCAAAACAAGCAAAAAUGGAGAGCAAACAUUGGAGCUGCUUUGUGGCCAUUGUGCUGGGUGUGCUUAUAUUCAAAAUGCACAUAUUUGUUGCAUUCGCCGAUCAGGAUGAGGAUAUACCGCACAACGAGGUUCGCAAUUGGGCCUUGAAGUUCGGCGUUGACUUGUGGGAGUUUGGACGACAAUUUACCAAAAUGAACGAGAUCAAAAGUCGCUUCAAGGACAACGACAUCGAAGUGAAGCGCAAGGAUGGUAUUAUCCUCCUGCGUGAAUUGGCCGCCGAGGUGAAGAACUUUAUGGAUUUCAAGCGCAAUGCUGUCAUGCGCCUGAUGGACUCCGCCGAGCAAGCUGCUCUGUCGGAGCUGGAGGGCCAGGGGCAGGCGGAAUCGCCGAUGGGCGGACAGCAGCACUACGAUGCCCGGCGGAUCAACGAAUACAAUGCCGAUGGCAAGCUGGCGGACGGAGCCCGCCACAUGGACAUCCGGUUCAUGCGGCGCUUCGAGCGUCUGCCGGUCAAUCUCAGUCUAAGCUCGAUUCUGGUCCCGCACGGCGUCGACUUGGAUGAGCCGGACGUGAAGUCGGCGCUGCAGUGGAGCGGCCAUUUGGAUCCGCUGUUCCAGAACAACUUAGAGCAAGAUCCGGCAUUGUCGUGGCAAUACUUCGGCUCCUCCACAGGCUUUCUGCGCCGCUUCCCGGGCACCGCCUGGCCCCCGGAGGGCUCCAAGGGCAGCAAGCUCAUCCACGACUUCCGCACGCACAAUUGGUUCGUCCAGGCCGCCUCGUCGCCCAAGGACAUUAUGAUUCUUUUGGAUGCCUCGUCGAGCAUGACAGAGAAGUCCUUUGACCUGGGGAUGGCCACCGCCUUUAACAUAUUGGACACCCUUGGUGAAGAUGAUUUCGUUAACCUCAUUACCUUCUCGGAGGUGGUAAAAACCCCAGUGCCGUGUUUUAAGGACCGCAUGGUUCGGGCCACGCCCGACAACAUCCAGGAGAUCAAGUCCGCAGUAAAGGCCAUCAAGCUGCAGGAUACGGCCAACUUUACGGCGGGUCUGGAGUACGCUUUCAGUUUGCUGCACAAGUACAAUCAAUCGGGGGCUGGGAGUCAGUGCAAUCAGGCCAUCAUGUUAAUCACGGAAAGCACAUCGGAGUCGCACAAGGAUGUUAUUAAGCAGUACAAUUGGCCACACAUGCCCGUCCGAAUAUUUACAUACCUGAUUGGCAGCGAUUCCGGAAGCAGGAGUAAUCUCCACGACAUGGCCUGCUCGAACAAGGGAUUCUUCGUCCAGAUCAACGAUUACGAUGAGGCCCGCCGCAAGGUGAUUGACUAUGCCCUGGUAAUGGCUCGUCCAAUGAUCAUGUACCAGGCGGACCAUCCGGUCCACUGGAGUCCGGUGUUUGUGGCCGGUAAGUCCGGAGGACUUGGCCGCGAUUCGGAGUACCAACGCCGCCUGGUGACGACAGUUUCAACUCCGGUCUUCGAUAGACGGAACCAUUCGGUGCGCGUUGCCAAUCUGCUGGGCGUGGUGGGCACCGAUGUGCCCAUCGAGGAGAUCCGCAAGGUGAUCCCCCAACACAAGCUGGGACCGAAUGGCUAUUCGUUUAUCGUAGAUAACAACGGAAGGGUGCUCUACCACCCUGAUUUGCGUCCCUUAGGCGAUGCCAACCAGUACAUCGACCAGCUGAAGCCCAAGUACGCCUCGGUCGACAUUACGGAGUUGGAACUGCCGGAGACGGAGUUCGGCAAUAAUAACGAGCCCAUUGAAAUUAAUAAGAACCUUUUAAAUGAGAUGCGCGGUGACAUGAUAAAACCCAAGGAGGGGGAGACGGAGUUCACGGUGAUGAACCAUUACGAUGACUCGAAAAGGGUUUCCACCAGGACGCAUCGAUACUUCUACGGCCCCAUCGAGGAUACACCAUUUACCCUGGCUAUUGUGCUCCCGGAGAAAUACGGUAGCCAUGAGUUUGUCUCCCAGCAGGAGAUUCGCCAUUCGCGUAACAAUGUUACCGAAUACUUUAAGGGAGAAAACUGGCGCGUACAUCCCGACUGGGUGUAUUGUGAGUACAAUAGCGUCAGUGACCUGGAGAAGGAAAGGGAGAGCUCCGGCGAGUACUCUCCGCGCGAUCAAGAGCCCAGCUUCGGAUCGCCAGAGGAGCAGGUAUUGCAUUUUCUGUCUCGCGCUGGACGCCCCGGUUGGAAGUGGAUGUCGGUUCGACCCAAGUCGCCGCAGCCACAUCACAACAUGCACAGUGGCUCCAACGGCAAUGCGCCCGGAUCGAGCCACUUUGGAUCGCAGCACCAAAGCUCUCAGGGAUCUCGCAAGGCUGAGCCUUACUUUUGCGAUCGAGCCCUCCUCCAGAGCUUGGUGCGCGAUGCCAUGGUAACUGAUGGACUCGAUAGGAACACGACUGGAUCCUCCAGCGGCAAGGAGGAUAAGCAUCCCAUCGCCACAUUGAUGGCAAUCCUAAAGAGGCAAGGAUACCAGAAGUUUGUGGUCGCUACUUCAUUCGUUGCUACGAGAUCGGGUCUUCUCCGGUGGAUUGAUCAUGUAAAGCGACCCGAGGAUACUCCCGAGCCUCACUUUAGCGAAGAUAAUGUUAGAGCCAUGGACACAUCCUGGUAUAAGAGGGCGAUUGACCAGCAUUCUGUGGAACCAGACAGUUUUGUGUACAGUGUACCAUUUGGCUCGGGCUAUGCCAUUAAGUCGAACGCCACUCUGGUGACCGCCUCCCAUGCCAUAUUUGUGGAGCAUCGAGGUCACAAAGCGGCAGCCGGAGUUGUGGGUCUGCAAUUUCAGCACGAUUCUUUAGCAAAGCAUUUUAUAAACAUCACCUCAGCCUGCACUGGCAUGACUGGCUGCAAGAGAACAUGCGCUUCGGACAAUUUGGAUUGCUAUGUUCUAGACAACAGUGGCUUUGUUAUCAUAUCCGAAGAGAUGGAGCACACGGGCAAGUUCUUUGGACAGAUCGAUGGCACCAUUAUGGAUUCUUUGGUCCAGGAUCGCAUAUACAAGAGAGUUACGGUGAACGAUUAUCAGGGUGUCUGCUCCGAUGCGGAUAAUCCAUAUACGGCUGCAGGCGGGAUUUUGAAACCACAUCGCCUGGGCUCCUGGUUCUUCAAUCAUCUUUUGGCCCUGAGUGCCGCCUGGUUGUCCCUGAUGCCUGCUUCCCUGCGGGCAUGGCCGCAGGAGGAGUAUACUUACGACAACGAGGAUGUUGUUUUCGUGGACAAUAAUUACUCUGAUGAAUACGAGUUCGGAAAUGAAAACGAAUACAAUAUGCAGGUGGAUCAGGAAAUGGACGAAUUUUUCACCACAGCCGACGUGGAAUAUACGACACCACCGCCUAGACAGCAUAAACCUCACGUUGGACCGAGAUUUUCACCAGAUCCUCACAACGCCAGACGUUGUGAUCUCCGAACGGAUCUCUAUAUGCUUCAGCCGGAGCGCCUGAAUCAGGGUGGUCAAAACAAUCCGCUUAAGGGUAAAUUAACCAACUGUCAUGUGUCUGGAUGCGAGCGUCCUUUCAGCGUUCAAAAGAUCCCGCACAGCAACCUGAUCCUGUUGGUGGUGGACACCUUGUGUCCAUGUGGCUCCAAGCAACUAGACAUUGAGCCCUUGGAGGAGGCGGGCGUAAUCGGAGCCUGCAGUACGAGACGCCAGGGACAGGAGCAAGAGUCCCGAAGGCGCCCCAAAAAGUGCAUCAACUAUCAUCCCGAGGAGAUCGAAAUCCAGCAGUGUGGACGUGGCAGCACUCUGCUGCACAUGUCGGGAUCGGUAAUUGUGGCUCAUCUUUUGAUGGUGACAGUGACCUUUGUGCUGGCCAAUGCGUGAUAUGAGCACUAAACGAGUUUUGAAAAUUAAGUUUGCACUAAAUAUGUGUUGAAAGCAAAAGCGGAUGAGACCUAAAGGGGAUCAGAAUUUCUUUUCGAAAGAAAUACGCAGUUUGAGUUUGUUGAUUUGAGGUAGAAGUGAAAGCUGUUAGUAAACCUCUUACCAUUAAUAGUGGUUAGAGGAAAAAUCAAAUAUUUAUUAGAAGAUUCGUAAAUGAGCAACGUUAUACCGAUAACACUAUCGAGUUUAUAUCCUUAUGUUUGUAGACAAUAAUUUGCAGGACGAUUAGACAAAACGAUAGCAAAACAUUAAUUAUGUAUGUAUUUGUGCAAUACGAUAAGCAUUUAAAACAUAAUUGUUUAGUCCAAAGCUUUCUAGAACGAGCUUUUUUUUUUU